AUGGUUACCAAAAUACCAAAUUUGGAGAAGUUUGGGAUCCCCAAGUCGCUGGGUCUUCUUUCUGAUGAGCCACCUCUAAAACGAUUUUCCAACCUUUACUUUGAUCCCUGGGAUAAGAUUACUGCCACAUUACCGGAUGAUCUCCGAGCUGGUGGCAGAGUUAAAAUAUCGGUGACCAUACGUGGUAUUGACAUUCAUGAUCCACGGGUAUACAUGGGGCGGAUCUUCGGAUGGAAAGCCGUUGGACAAGAUUCCAUCACGACUUACAUAGCUGUUUCCUGGCUGUCUGUGAUCACCUGGGUCUACAACCUUGUCAAAGUCUUGGCAGCUGAGGAUGCAAAUCCUUCGUUUGUGAUCAAGGCCUUGAACGAUGCUGCAGAUACCUUUGUGCGCAUGGGAGCUCAUCUACCCAAGCUGUACUCGGUGCUAGAUGCCAACAGCUUCUAUCAUGGGCUCCGGCCGUUUUUCGGUGCCGGAAGCGCCAAUGAAGAUACGGGUUUGCCUCGGAAUCGCCUUCCAAAGAGCGAUAGAUCUGAGCUGCGAGUCAAAUGUAUCGCGGUAACGACAAGACAGGGCGCCCUGUUCCAGUUUUUGGACCUUGUGCUGGGCGUAGAGCACGAGAAGCCCAAAGGCGCAAAGGAGAUCUUCGUCCAAAACCAAGAAUUGGUCGAUGCACAUGACAACUGUAUGAACCAGCUCCAUCUCUGUCUACCGUCCGCCCUGCGCGACAGGCAGCAGGACAAGCUGUCAACGGUCAAAAAAGAACACGAGAACACAGACAAGGGCCUCGGCAAUGAUGAUGGCGAGGGCUUUGCGGGACUGGAGGACCGGCAUUGA